CUUGAUCUUAUGCACUUACAGCUCUAUUAUAACUUGAGAUCUGCGUAGCUAAGACCAAACUUUGUGCGACUCUCCCAUCAAUGCAUGGUUUUAAUAGUGCAGUAAGGAUUUGUCCUUUUCUCUGCUGUAACUCUUGUCAGAACAUCAGGUAGGCCUACAUGACAUUAGUAGGCUGACAAAGCUUACAUCUACAAUGGUAAGUGGAGCUACUAUAUACACAAUGUACUUCACUGCUGAUCAGGUAACACUAACCAAUAAACAUUUUCUGUCUCAGUAUUUUGCUAAUGGGGUGCUAGACGGUUUUCAUGUUAUUUCCAGUUAACUAGUUUUAUAGCAUAUGCAACACAUCACGUUGACAGCCUUUCAUCUAACCAUAUAUGUAGCUCUCCUAUUAUUAUUAUUUUAAAUAAACCACUUUCUCUUACUGCAUUCUUAGAACUCUCCUAAAAUCCAUAUUUUCACUCAAAUUGCUGUAUGUUGUCCUGAUUGAAUAGCUGUGGUGAUGAGUGUUUUCCUUGCUUGCUAUCCAACGGAACUUUUAAGUGGUUUUAAUAUUCCCAGUUGCUUAUGGUGGUUUGGGGAUUAGUGAUCAGAUGGUGGUAUGGUUUAGGUUGAAUUAUCUGUACACCAGAUCAUGUCUCCAAUCUACACUGGCUGCAAUUAGCCUAGUAUUCUGAGUUUCAUCUUCGUUCCUCUUGAUCGUCUUUUUAAAGAUGGAAUCCGCAGUAGGAGAAAUGGUGCCACUCCACUUCACAGCCGUAGUUAUUAUUUUGUUGACGAAGCGUAGGUGAGGCAUAGUUAAAAAUAAGUUUAAAAAACUUUUAUAAACACUGUACAUAUUCUGCUGUUCUAUUGUGCAUGCAGUGAUGUCUGGGGGAGGGGGGGGGGGGGGGCUUGUGUUUGCAGUAACUUAUUUGUUGUAAUAUCGCAAAUGGACGUUGCAGUUUCACCAUUAAGAAUUCCAGCUUUAAGGCUCUUGUUGACAAACAUGAGUGUGGAUCACCAUUGUGAAUUCCAUCUGGCGCGUGAUGGACCUGUUUGUCCACUGUGCUGAUUGGUCUGCAGUGUGGAAUCUAGGUGUGUCUGAGACUGGGUGAUAUAGUGCAGAACAGGUUGGGAGGGCUGAAGUGAGCUAACACUGGGUGACUAAGUACAUUGGGACUAUCUGCUGGUGCAAACAAGGCUGUUUUUUUCCCUCAUCUACUUCUGGAUUUAUUUGAAUCCAUUUCCUAAUGGUGAGUUGUCCACUCAAUAUAGUCCGAGUCCUUUUAAAGGAGGACAUACUUUUUUAGUUUUGCCAUAGCCUGAUCUUAUUUUACUACUGAAUUUCUGACAUUCUAUAUCUAGAUUUGUUUAUUAGCUUUUUGCAAGAAUGAUAGCCCAUCUUAAAGUAAAUUGGGUAUGUUUUUAUAACAAUCCUUAAGUGUUAAGAGCAAGGCAGUUGUGGUUAUUUCCAAAUGGUUUAAUUCCAUCAAGACAUUUUAUCAGGUGUGGUGAUCUGCUUACAAAAUAAUAAUGUUGUCUGUUUUUGCGUGUUUGGCGUAGAGCAUGUUUCAGAUGGGACCGGACAUAGGGCUGGGCAGUAUGGCCCAAGUAUCAUAUCCCGGGAUUAUUUUUAUAUGCCGGUAUUUUGUUUUUAAAUAAUAAGUUCUACAUUUAGUUUUGAGUAGUGUGUGACCCUAGGGUGGCAACAUAUACACUCUCUAAAGUGAUUUCAAUGGGUCUUUCUCCAUUGUGAUUGUUUUAUACUGUUUAAUUCAACUUUAAUCAAAAUACAUUUUAUCAUUUCCAUUCUGACACGUAGGGUUGCACGAAAUGUGCAAACAAUCUUGACCAUAUUUUAAACAAUAUGUUGCAAUUGCGAUUUGACUGUGAUUUUGGAGCAAAACACUUGGGUGAACUGUUGGACUCAUGGAAAUAGUUUGAGUAUAAUAGUGGGAACUUUAAAUGGUGUUUUACAUGAUGACAAAUUUAAGUAUUUCCUAGGGGACCCUUUAAUCUUUGGCUACAUUGAAUGUUUUCUCUUAGCUACCUCAUGUAGCUAACAUUUUUGUGUUGUGGAUUCCUCUUUGAAGAAACUGUUGCACAAAAACAUGCAAUAUAGGUCUGUAUAGCUAGUUAAGUUUGUUGGCUCAGUACAUUUAUUAGCUAAAAAUGAGCAUUAAUGGCUAACAAGAAUUAGGCUCAACUUACUAAGAAUAGACAAACUAGCUGUUUGCAGAUGUAAGAAGCAAACUAAGUGUAAUUACAGAACACUUAAUAUUAAGAAGCAAAAUGAAAACCGCAUUGUCAUCAACAUUGUUGCAUGUGCUGCGUUUACUAUGCAGAGACUGAACGCAAGUGUCAUGCUCGAGGAACAACAAAUGUUCUCCUUGAGUGAUGGGGCAGGGUAGGUCUGUGGAAAGCUGCAUGGGGAAAGCCGAGAGAAAUAGAUAUACUACAGAUCAAAAGAUUGGGGUCACUUAGCAAUGUCCUUGUCUUUGAAAGAUAACAUCAAAUUGAUCACAAAUACAGUGUAGACAUUGUUAAUGUUGUAAAUGACUACUGGAGCUGGAAACGGCUUAUUUUUUUAUGGAAUAUCUAGAGGCACAUUCUCAGCAACCAUCACUCCUGUGUUCCAAUAGCACGUUGUGUUAGCUAAUCCAAGUUUAUCAUUUGAAAAGGCUAAUUCAUCAUUAGAAAACCCUUUUGCGAUUACGUUAGCACAGCUGAAAACUGUUCUGAUUAAAGAAGCAAUAAAACUAGUCUUCAGACUAGAUGAGAACCUGUACUCCGGGAUGCUGGCCUUCUAGGCAGUUUCAAAUUUUAUUUGUCACAUACACGGCAGAUGUUAAUGCGAGUGUAGCGAAAUGCUUGUGCUUCUAGUUCCGACAAUGCAGUGAUAACCAACAAGUAAUCUAACUAACAAUUCCAAAACUACUGUCUUAUACACAGUGUAAGGGGAUAAAGAAUAUGUACAUAAGGAUAUACGAAUGAGUGAUGGUACAGAGCAGCAUACAGUAGAUGGUAUCGAGUACAGUAUAUACAUAUGAGAUGAGAAUGUAAACAAAGUGGCAUAGUUAAAGUGGCUAGUGAUACAUGUAUUACAUAAGGAUGCAGUCGAUGAUGUAGAGUACAGUAUAUACGUAUGCAUAUGAGAUGAAUAAUGUAGGGUAAGUAACAUUAUAUAAGGUAGCAUUGUUUAAAGUGGCUAGUGAUAUAUUUACAACAUUUCCCAUCAAUUCCCAUUAUUAAAGUGGCUGGAGUUGGGUCAGUGUCAAUGACAGUGUGUUGGCAGCAGCCACUCAAUGUUAGUGGUGGCUGUUUAACAGUCUGAUGGCCUUGAGAUGGAAGCUGUUUUUCAGUCUCUCGGUCCCAGCUUUGAUGCACCUGUACUGACCUCGCCUUCUGGAUGAUAGCGGGGUGAACAGGCAGUGGUUCGGGUGGUUGAUGUCCUUGAUGAUCUUUAUGGCCUCCCUGUAACAUCGGGUGGUGUAGGUGUCCUGGAGGGCAGGUAGUUUGCCCCCGGUGAUGCGUUGUGCAGACCUCACUACCCUCUGGAGAGCCUUACGGUUGAGGGCGGAGCAGUUGCCGUACCAGGCGGUGAUACAGCCCGCCAGGAUGCUCUCGAUUGUGCAUCUGUGUCUGUUCUUUUGACCAUCUUAAUAUUUUAUUUUUAUUGGCCAGUCUGAGAUAUGCCGUUUGCUUUGCAACUCUGCCUAGAAGGCCAGCAUCCUGGAGUCGCCUCUUCACUAUUGAUGUUGAGGCUGGUGUUUUGUGGGUACUAUUUAAUGAAGCUGCCAGUUGGGGACUUGAGAGGUGUCGGUUUCUCAAACUAGACACUAAUGUACUUGUUCUCUUGCUCAGUUGUGCACCAGGGUCUCCCAAUCUUUCUAUUCUGUAUAGAGCCAGUUUGCGCAAUUUCUUGGCAAUUUCUCGCAUGGAAUAGCCUUCAUUUCGCAGAACAAGAAUAGACUGACGAGUUUCAGAAGAAAUGUAUUUGUUUAUAUCCAGUUUGAGCCUGUAAACGAACCCACAAAGGCUGAUACUCAACUAGUCUAAAGAAGGCCAGUUCCCUUUUUCUUUAAUCAGAACAACAGUUUUCAGCUGUGCUAACAUGAUUGCAAAAGGAUUUUCGAAUGAUCAAUUAGCCUUUUUUUAAUUAUAAAAUUGGAUUAGCUAAUACAAUGUGCCUUUGGAACACAGGAGUGAUGGUUGCUGAUAAUGGGCCUCUGUACACCUAUGUAGAUAUUCCAUUAAAAAAUCAGCUGUUUCCAGCUACAGUAGUCAUUUACAACAUUAGCAAUGUCUGCACUGUAUUUCUGAUCAAUUUUGUAAUUUUAAUGGACAAAAUGUACAUGUAAUUUAAAACCAAGGACAUUUCUAAUUGACCCCAAACUUUAUUUAUUUAUUUAUAUAUAUAUAUAUUUUAAACUAUGCAAGUCUGUUAAGAAUAUUCUUAUUUACAAUGACUGCCUUCACCCGGACGACGCUGGGCCGAUUGUGGGACUCUCAAUCACAGCCGGUUGUGAUAAAGCCUGGAUUCAAACCAGGGUGUCUAGUGACUCCUCAAGCACGGAGAUGCAGUGUCUUAGAUCACUACGCCACUCGGCAGCCCAGCGACGACUCAAGUAGCGAAGUAAAGUAUAAAAAUGGACGUUACAUUUUAACAAACCAAACAUUCAAAAAAUGUUAUAGAAUGUAAAGUUAAAAACCCAAACCGGUCGGUGCAUCAAUACCACAUAUCGUAAAAUACGGAAUACCACCCAGCACUAACCAGAUGGCAUAUACACUACCGGUCAAAAGUUUUGUAACACCUACUCAUUCAAGCAUUUAUUUUUUAUUUUUACUGGAAUUGUAGUGAAGACAUUAAAACUAUGAAAUAACACAUGGAAACAUGUAGCCAAAAAAGUGUUAAACAAAUAUUUUAGAUUAUUCAAGUACCCUCCCUUUGCCUUGAUGACAGCUUUGCACACUUGGCAUUCUCUCAACCAGCUUCACCAGGAAUGCAAUUCAAUUAACAGGUGUGCCUUGUUCAAAGUACAUUUGUGGAAUUUCUUUCCUGCUUAAUCCGUUUGAGAAGGGACUUGCUUGGGCCAAGAAACAUAAGCAAUGGACGUUAGACUGGUGUAAAUUUGUCCGUUGGUCUGGAGUCCAAAUUGAAGAUUUGUUUCCAACCGCCGUGUCUUUGUGAGAGACUGUGUGGGUGAACAUAUCUCUGCAUGUGUAUUUCCAAGCAUGGAGGAUGAGCUGUGGGGGUACUUUGCAGGUGACACUGUCAGUGUUUUUAUUUAGAAUUCAAGGCACACUUAACCAACAUGGCUACCACAGCAUUCUGCAGCGAUAUGCCAUCACAUCUGUUUUGCGCUUGUUUUUCAAUAGGACAAUAACUCAACACACCUCCAGGCUGUAAGGGCUAUUUUACCAAGAAGCAGAGUGAUGAUGAAAAGCAUUCCUCAUGAAGCUUGGUUGAGAGAAUGGCAAGACUGUGCAAAGCUGUCAUCAAAGCAGGGUGGCUUCUUUGAAGAAUCUCAAAUAUGAAAUAUAUUUUGGUUUAACACUUUUUUUAAAAAUUCUUUACUACAUGAUUCCAUAUGUGUUAUUUCCUAGUUUUGAUGUCUUCACUAUUAUUCUACAAUGUAGAAAUUUGUAAAAAUAUAAUCUCGAAUGAGUAGGUGUUCUAAAACUUUUGACCGGUAGUUUAUAUUUACUGCAACUGGAAAAUAAUUUUUAAACAAACAUUUUAAAUAUCAUACAGAAAAUGCUCUGGGUUCACAAGAUUUAUCAUCAUUAGGGGUCCAUAUGAAAAGAGCAGAGACUGAUUUUUAUUUUUUUGAGCAGACUUUAAAGAAAACUAGUUUCUGAAAUUUUCUUGUAUGCAUUCAGGGUGCAUCAUCACAUGUGAAUAUAAGAUCUUGAUGGAAUGAAGCACCACUGUAAGAUGAGGCAAUCUCCUGAGUUGUUGGUUAUUUCAGCUGUCAUGGGCAAGCUCAGCUCUGGUUUGACUGUCCACCACUGACCUCCAGGUUUUCACUCCUAGGCAGAUUAGUGGAGUCCCUGAAGCAGCCUGAAACCCCCGACAGACUCCCAUAGGCAGCAAACUCCCUCCCUGCGCUGAAUCCUUUCUCUCUAGCGUCCCCUCUGAGUCUCCUGAUAUGUUCUCCAACCUCCACUCCUCCCUUGCUCCCGCUAAGGUGCGGAGGAGCCCCUCCAAGUAUCCCUACAGCAGCACUGAGAACCUGGCUGCCAUAGGAUCUUCCCCCAAUGGAUCUGACAAAAAGCGGCGAGAUCCUCUGUCCCCCAGCCCAAUGGAACCGCAAAGCCAUGGAAAAUCCUAUGCAGGCUUCAGAAUUGUCUCUGCCAAAUCUGCUGUUGCAAGUGGCGAUCCUGUGCCAAUUAAGGCGGUUGAGGGCAAAAUACCUCCUCUACCUCUUCCUGACUACAAUAGCCUGUUCCCACAGAAGAGACAUGGAGUACAAGGGCAGACUCGAUGGGACCAUAUAAUUGCAGAGGUGAAUCAGAGACAGCAAGAAUAUGUGCCUCAGCUCAUUGGUAAAGAGAUGAGUGUGGAUGGCCCAGACCUCGACUCACCAGGACCUCCACGCAAUGAUAAAUAUUCCUACUUGCAGGAGCGGGCAGCAGAGCACUUACACCAGCAACAGACACAAGUUCAGAAAGUUCAAUCUACCUCUUUGAGGGGCAUAGGGCCCAGCAGUUUGCCAGCACUCACUCCCCCUUCCAAACCAGUAGCUGCAGUCCCCCUUAGACUAGUGGUCGACUCUAACACAAACCAAGACCAGAGCACUAUACAGGCUAAUCCACCUGAGGCGCCCAAUGCCUUUGUCUCCAAAGUCUUGGUCUCUACAAAACCCAUGGUUCAGAAAAGAGGCUUACCCUCCGUGACACCUCAGGAUGCAAAGAAGGUGAUAAACACAUCUUUUGCUACAGCCAGUGAUGGCAAACCUGUUUUCUCAACAGAAAAACAUAGACCUACAUCACGAGUGGUUUUGGUGUCAAGUUCUACAGAUGAACCUAAAGGACUGCCAAACACUCCCAAAGAGAUCCCCGCAGCCAAACCCAGACAAAGGUUAGUCCGCAAAGAGCCAUUGAGACCUGCAGAUCAUGAGCAGACAUUAGCAGGGUCUACCACUGUAGAGCAGGAGAACAGAUUGGAGAGGAGAGCCUCAACCCUCGAUAUCAUGAGAAGGAGUAGUCCAGUGACUGCAAAGAACACUGAGGUGACUGCUUACAAUGAAAAGCAACUCUUGUUUGACUCUGCAGAAAGCGACAUUGAUAAAAAAACACAGUUGGAACACAUUAUGAAAGCGAAGUUUGCUGAACUUGACCCCUUCCCCAUUGCCGAUAUCCUGCCUAAAGACCCAUGGGCCCAAACAGAGCCAAGCCACAGUGGAGAUGACUUGUUCACUGGAGAACCACAGAGAAACCGCAAGCUUAAAGAACAGGCAAUGACAACUGAUGACUUGGAUAAACUUUUCACGCCAAACAAUCCAACGGAUCCCUUUGCCAGUUUUAAUGAUGGUGACUCGGAUGAACCUCAAGAGCAGGAAAAAACGGAAGAACACAGUCCUGCUUUUCAAAGGGGAUUUUCCCAAAUUAAAAAGAAACAAGGAGCACCCCAGCCUUCAGCUAAUUCAAGUAAUAAAGCAGUGAUUGGAAAAAAUGAGCUAAUUAAACAAAACCCUUCACCCAGAGAAGACCAGCUGAUCAUCUCAGCUGCUACAACAGGAUGUGUAAAACUGGCGCCUCAAAAUACUAGACAAAGUAAACUCUAUGGCAGAGAUGGGGUGGAAUCUCAAGACAAGUGGGCAGCAGACCCUUUUACUUCCUCCUCCCAUGUACCUUCUGUCCUGGCUUCUCCUGAGCCCCCCCAGUCCGUAGUGCGAGAGCUUACCUCACAGACCGGGGAAAAGACCCUGCUACGGGCCUGUGUCGCACCCUCUGAGGUGCAGCCACUCACUGUGCUGAGUAGCAAUGGUGGUGGUCCAGCCUCAACUCCACGCAGGCCUCACCCAGUGAAGCCCAUGAGCUCCAUAGAGAGCCAAGCUCCCAUUAGCACCCUGGUAGUUGGAGAGAUGUUGACUUAUGACCGCACCCUGGGGAAGAUGAAGGCGCCAGGCAUGGUGGAGAGUGGGCCCUACACCCAGCUGACCCAGGAGGAGCUGAUUACCCUAGUGGUGAAGCAGCAGACGGAGCUCUCCAAGAAAGACUCAAAGAUCGUUGAGCUGGAAGAGUACAUAGACAACCUGCUAGUGCGUGUAAUCGAGGAGAAGCCCAGCAUCCUGUUGGGCAUCAACUCUGUCAAGCAGGCCCUGUAAGGUAUGAGGAGUGGACCAGGGAACUGCAAGAUCGAGGGAGAUAUUUAGGCUUCCACUCCAACAUCCCCUGUAGUUUGUGUGCGUGUGUUUUAUUUUAUUGCUGUCACUGUGUAUUGGAUCGAGCAAUCUCUUAUUUCCUUUGAGCAUAUGCACUUUUUAUUUUGUCUCCAUGAGGAGUUGGACUAGAACAAUCUCGAGGUUUCUUUUCAGAAUGCUGGAAUGUAUGCUGAAUAGUUUUUUUUAAAAAAUUCUAGAACGAUCACUCGAUGCUACAUCGCAUCAAAUUAUUUUACAAGGUUUUGAAAAUGAAUGGCUUGUUGUUACACUAUGGUACUGGAAUUUCUUUUUUAUACUCAUUUACCAUAUGCAAACAUCUCUUGUCAUUGCGUUGGUACUUUAUAUGCUGUAUAAACCAUAAUUGGCCCUCAUUAGGCAAAAUGGAACUGGAAGCUCUAGGUAUGUUGAUGUCCAUGUCACUGAUGAAAUAUCUCUGGCCAGGCCUUUGCACAGUGGUUCCAUGUUGCCUACAAUUUAGUAGAUUUUAAUUAGACCAUCUAGCUACUUUGGUGUCUGCUCAUCCCAAAGCCUUAACACAUAUAAUAAUAUGCUGGUUAGUGUUUGUUUUGUUGCAUUCUUAAACCUUGAACUUUCCUUGUUUUUCUAGGGUUAUGUUUGAUCCUUUUCUUUAAAUGAUCAUGACGUGCCUUGGCGCUACCCCUUCUUGGUGUAUUCAAUCAAACACAAGUGUUAAUCUAAUACCAAAUCGCAUUAUUGCGGGGUAUGGUACAAGUACGUUAACCCUCUCAAAGUAAAUGUAGCCUCAUAGUGACAUUUCAGAUACACAGUGGUCUUACCUUAUUAGCCUAGUUUGUUGAAGCAUUAUUGGACCUGUGAUUUAGGCUAGUUCACACAGGGUUUGAUUGGAAAUGCAUAUCUGUCAACAUUGCCUAUUUUAGUUUUUUUAGUUGCCUUUUUCCUUAUUUUAGUUGUUUAUACUGUCAUCUUUUUAAUGUGUCUAAAGGAGGAAAACAUUAUUAACAAAACCAGCGAUGGAUAGAGAACCAGCAAUUUAUUCCAUGUUUGAGGCAGUAGUGUGGAUUUGGUCACGCUAACUAUAGAUGGAGAGAGACCUGCUGUUCACUGUUUUCUUUCUUUUAUGUCUGUAGUAUCUACUCACUUGACUGUGCAGAGCACAAUCUUUUCUAUUUAUGCAAAAUAAUGUAAGUGCACAACAUGUCAAAUAUUUUAUGCAAGAGUAAUGACUAAGUUCAAAUCGUUACACUUUGAGAAAGAUCUUCCAAUAUAUUUAGGCAUUAUGAAUGUAGUUUCAAAAUUAACCUUGUCCUUGUUAGAUUUAAUGCCUUUUUAUUAAGCAGUAGGCUUACAACUUGUGUAAAUCUCUGAAUGUAAUCUACUCAAUGUUUCUUCGGUGACUAUGCCUUUGUGAAAUGUCAUAGCAAUAAGAAACAAUGUAAAUUAUAAACAUUUCUGAUUGUGCCUUCAGGGAUUUUAAUCAUAAGACUUUGAUUACUGUAAAAUCUGGAUUCCUUAAUAGUUACACUGAAUUUAAACAAAAAAGGUGUAUGUGAUAUUUUCAAUUGAAAUAAAGUAUAGUAAAUCAUGAAA